UCCCCGCAGCUGCCAUCAGAGCCCUGCCCAAAGGGAGCUGGCCUUCCCCCUUCGUGCUCCUGUGCUGGGGACCCAGGGCGCCAGCACCCACCCGGCCCCAGCCAGUGCUUUCCUCCAGGCCUAUGGGGACGCUGGUGGCCAAGCUACUCCUGCCCACCCUCAGCAGCCUGGCCUUCCUCCCCACUGUCAGCAUCGCGGCCAAGAGGCGGUUCCACAUGGAGGCCAUGGUCUACCUCUUCACCCUGUUCUUCGUGGCGCUCCACCAUGCCUGCAACGGACCCGGCUUGUCUGUGCUGUGCUUCAUGCGACACGACAUCCUGGAAUACUUCAGCGUCUAUGGGACAGCCCUGAGCAUGUGGGUCUCGUUGAUGGCACUGGCUGACUUCGAUGAGCCCAAGAGGUCAACAUUUGUGAUGUUCGGCGUCCUGACCAUUGCUGUGAGGAUCUACCACGACCGCUGGGGCUACGGGGUGUACUCAGGCCCCAUUGGCACAGCCAUCCUCAUCAUUGCGGCAAAGUGGCUGCAGAAGAUGAAGGAGAAGAAGGGCCUGUACCCAGACAAGAGCGUCUACACCCAGCAGAUAGGCCCCGGCCUCUGCUUCGGGGCGCUGGCCCUGAUGCUACGCUUCUUCUUCGAGGACUGGGACUACACCUAUGUCCACAGCUUCUACCACUGUGCCCUGGCCAUGUCCUUUGUUCUGCUGCUGCCCAAGGUCAACAAGAAGGCUGGAGCCCCGGGGGCCCCGGCCAAGCUGGACUGCUCCACCCUGUGCUGUGCUUGUGUCUGAUGCUGCGCCCAGCCCGGCUCUGAGCCCCUGCCCUCCCCAGCUCAUGCUUGGCCAGAGUCCCAGACAGUUUCUCCUCCUGCAGCUCCUGCUGUCCUUCCCUGCCCCGGAGCAUCCAGGAGAAACAUCUCUUGCAUACCCUGAGAGGCCCCUGGGGGUCUGUGAAGGGCCCAUCACGCUGCACUAAAUGCUUCUUAAGAACCCACUUAUUUCGUUGUGACGGGGUGCACAGCAGCAGAACCAAGCUGGAAAGAUAAGAAUGUUCUCCUCCCAGGCCUUGUCACGACCCAUUGGCGUGUCUGGUGGAGCCCUAGGUCUGGCGUCUGCCCACCCUACUGCUGGCCAGCGGCCCAGGAGUCCCAGCUGGGUGCCAGCCAUGACGGGGGGGCUCUCAUGUCUUCAGUUUUCUCCUGGAAACUGCUAUCACCAUCUCUGUCCUGUGUCUUCAGGCUCCGAGCGACCCCAUUUAGGAAGCUGGGACCAGCGGGGCCAGCUGGAUCCCUGGCCCAGGCCACUCUGGCCCCACCCCUUCCGCUGGGUCCCUGAAUCAAGCCGUUUUCAUAAUUACAACCAAUAAGAAGUGCCUCAAUGUAUCAACCUCA